ACGAGAACGCGAACGGCUAGCAACUCUGAACCGCGCUAGCCAGUUUUGUUUUUUCGUGUUUGAAAUUGUGUCUCGUUUUGCAGUGGCCACGAUGUCCGGAGGAACAAACCUCGGCUUUCCGGGGACAAGCCAAGCGUUGGCGAAUCGGAAAAAAGACAGCAGUCCCUCAGCUCGGUUCUGGGAGUGUCCGGACACUUUAGCCCAGUUGGAGGUGGUGCGACAGUGGACCGGGAAGCAUUACAAAAAGUAUGUGUUGGUGGAUGCUCCAUCUUGUCAAGUCCUGGCUGCAGUCACGCUGCAGCUUCUCCAGUUUCAGGAGGAUGCCUUUGGCAGACAAGUUCCCAACCCUGCAAUCACAAAGCUACCAGCACAUUGCUUCCUGGACUUGCAACCAGGUGGCGGACUCUGCCACAUCCUCGGCACUGCUUAUAAAUUCAAGGUUGAGCAAGGCUGGAGACGGUUUGACCUGCAGAAUUCAUCAAGAACUGAGAGAAAUAUCGAGAUGUUUGGUGCAAUUGAGAAAGCUCUAAUCCAGAACAACUGUAUGUCCCUGCCAUUGGUAUUUAUUGACCCGGCUGUUGAUCUGGAGCUGUCCAGCAGGCUCACUGGUAUCAUCAUCAAACACAAGGGUGCAGUUACUGAGGACCGGAUAAUGGCCAGUCAUCUUGUAUACGGCCCGCUUGCUUCUACAGAGGAGGAUGAGUGGAUGCGUCCUGUUAUGCAAAAGGAUAAACACAUUUUGGUCCACUGGGGCAUGCACCCAGACAGUUAUGACAGCUGGCUGUCCUCAAGUGAUGUGGAAGGAGACAUCGAAGAGCUGCCGCACUUGGAAAGGCCAUGGAGGGUUAAUGCUGGUUGGGUCCUGGACACAGACGUGUUUAAUGAGUGGAUGAAUGAGGAGGACUAUUGUGUAAACGAGAGGAAUGUGCCGCUCAUCCUGCGACAGCGAAUCCACCUACAAGAAGAUCAGGACUCUGGGUCCAUUCCGUCUAAAAAGAAGAGACGCUCGCCCUCUCCUUCCACUGACGGCAGGAAAAAAGGAAAGAAAGGGAGAAGGCGCGGCCAACAGGAAGAGGAACCAGAAGAGGACCUGACCAAAGACAUGGAGGACCCAACACCUGUGCCAAACAUGGAGGAAGUCAUUCUGCCCAAGAAUGUGAACCUGAAGAAAGAUAGUGAGAAUACGCCAGUGAAAGGAGGCGUCAUGGCAGACCUCGAUGAUCAGGAAGAGGACUUUCCUGGAAGGGAAGAUGAUGAGGGAAGAAGUGAGAUCUCUCGCUUAUCUGAGGUAGAGGACACCAUCACUGAACAAACUCAUCAUAUUAUAAUACCAAGCUACACAUCAUGGUUCAACUAUAACAGCAUUCACUCGAUAGAGAAACGUGCUCUUCCUGAAUUCUUCAAUGGAAAGAACAAAUCAAAAACCCCGGAAAUCUACCUGGCGUAUCGUAACUUCAUGAUCGACACAUACCGGCUGAACCCCCAGGAAUACCUCAGCUCAACGUCCUGCAGGCGCAACCUCACUGGAGACGUCUGUGCUCUUAUAAGGGUUCAUGCAUUUUUAGAGCAGUGGGGUUUGAUCAACUACCAAGUGGAUGCAGAGAGCCGACCCCUCCCCAUGGGACCUCCUCCCACACCUCACUUCAACGUCCUGGCCGACACACCAUCCGGGUUGGCACCCCUGCAGCACAAACCCCUUCAGGUGUCCGCCUCUCAGCACAUGUUGAAUUUCCCAGAAAGGAGCAGAGAGAAACCUUCCGACUGCCAGAACUUUGGUCUUCGCACCGACAUCUAUGCCAGGAAGCACCCAAAGACUAAAGGAGCAAAUGCAGGACGAGAGUGGACAGAGCAGGAGACACUCUUACUGUUGGAGGCCUUAGAAGUCUACAGAGACGACUGGAACAAAGUAUCAGAGCACGUGGGCUCCAGAACGCAGGAUGAAUGCAUCCUGCACUUUCUACGCUUGCCCAUCGAGGACCCCUACCUGGAGGACUCGUCGGCCUCUCUGGGCCCUCUGGCCUAUCAGCCUGUGCCUUUCAGCCAAUCAGAAAACCCCGUUAUGAGCACUGUGGCCUUCCUGGCGUCUGUGGUAGAUCCACGGGUGGCGUCGGCCGCGGCGAAGGCAGCACUGGAGGAGUUCUCCAGAGCCCAGGAGAACGCACUGUAUAAAACUUCUGACCCAUCCACCCACCCAGAACAAACGGAUACAAUGGAAGCUGACAAACUGGACUCUAACCCCUAUCAGGUCCCUGUGAGGUUGGAUGGAGUUAAGAUGGAACCUGGUGUAUCAAAACUGGAGGGAGAUCAAGUUAAAAGAGAACAUGGUGAAAGUAUUCUGGCAGAGGAGGGUGAUGGACGGGGGGAAGACGGUGAGAACAGGCGGGAGGGAGAUGGGGACGAUGGGAGGAGAGUGAUGGAGCUGGAUCUGGUGGAGGGUAGCGUUUCCACGGCAGCAGCAGUAGCUCUGUCAUCUGCUGCCUCAAGGGCCAAGCACUUGGCAGCAGUAGAAGAGAGGAAGAUAAAGUCCCUGGUGGCUCUACUGGUGGAGACACAGAUGAAGAAGUUGGAGAUCAAAUUAAGACAUUUUGAAGAGCUGGAAACCAUCAUGGACAGAGAGAAAGAGGCUUUGGAGCAGCAGCGCCAACAGUUGCUGACAGAGAGACAGACUUUUCAUACCGAGCAGCUGAAACAGGCGGAGAUGAAGGUUCGCCAGCAGAGGGAGCUGCAGAGUCAGCCCGGUUAUACAGCGCAACAUUCAGGCCAGUCCGUGGCCAACAGGAUGGUACCUGGUGGAGGAACCGCUCAGACAAUGGCCCCUCGGCACCCUGGAGCUCCAAAUGGGAUGUUUUGUUUGACAGAUACUCCUGUCUGUCCCGUCUCAGACCCAUCAUCACAGCCCGAUGGGAUAGCAUCUGCUCAGCCCACUCCUCCGUCAUCCAGUCAGAACUGAACUGACCAGCAGACAAGACACACGUGAAAAACAACCGUAACUUUGCUUUAAAGAAGGAUUAAUUGAUCAAGUGUUUAGGAAUACAUCUGAAGUCUGUAAAUUGUCACUAGUGCAUUUUGUUAGACUAAAGCUUUGUGAGCACAUAAACUAAACUGAUGUGUGUUUGGACAUCAGUUGGGUUUGUUCUUAUACUUGUGAAAUAUCUGUUCUUUGGCAUCAAGAGUUGAGAAAUCCGUCUCAAUAAAGUUGCUUUUUUUUAUGAA